AGAAGUCGGGAGAGGAAGUCAUCAUCCAGCGUUUAAAUGCUGGCUUUUUGUGUGUGUGUGUGUGUUAACACCUGAAGUGAAUUCAGCAUGCGUGGCUAAACCAGACACAAUAAUGUGAUCCCGGCUCGGCUGCUUUGCGUAUUUUUCCCCAUGCAUUUUUUAUUUUUAUUUUUAUUUUUUUAGCAGCGGAGUGUUUUAACGUAGCCGCCGCUAGCAGCUGUCAGACUCUCACUAACUGCAGGGACACACUGCUGACUGUGUUGUUAGCAGCACCGCGGCUAGCUAACGGGAGCUGCACACAAAUGAAACCGUAUCUGGGUGAAGCUGCUCCGGGGGCCCAGAGUCGACCACAAGCCAACUGCUGUUACCCCCCCAAAGUUAGCGUUAGCAGAAAGCGUGCGCUGAGAGGCUAACUUGGUCUGCUGUUCGAGAAACCCAACACCAAGGUCCGUGCGACAGGAAUUUACCUUUUUAGUCGGGCUCACAUCAGAUGGAGAGGAAGCUCAUUGCAGCCAUCUCAUCGACUGAUUUUUAAACUUCAUCUAGUAUGCCUUCUGUUAGACUCUUGCUUUUGUAACUGUAGUCGCCAUGGCUUCUCGCAGGGUAGAUGAGCUACCAAGUGACACCAAGGAUUUACCUUCAGCAGCUGAACAGCUUUCCCGAUGUGGCCCUGAUGCCGCCGCGGAGGAGCUUCAGCCAGAUACGAUGAAUGCAACAGUGAAAUCUCAAAAAUCUGGAAAAUUCAGGAGGACUGCUCUGACUUUUUUUGGAGUUCGUAAAAGUAUCUGCAUUUUACCGAGCUUUUUCGGAGGGAGGAGUAAAAAUCCAAGCAAGUGGUCCUCUAAGAAAGGAAUCAGCAAAAGCAGAACGCACGAUGGGUUAAGUAAGGUUGGUCAUGACGACAAUCUAAGAAGCGGGUACGCCUCCGCUGGAAAUUGUGUGUACCACAGACAGAGGGAUGCUGCUGGAGAGCUCCACAGUAGCUGCCACAAUGAAUGUAGUCACCCCUCUGCUGACCAGAAAUCACUGACUCUUGGUCGGCAGAGAAAGGGUUUGAGGGGUCUUUUUCACAGUUUUAAGCAUCACAGAAACCAUAGAAAUGUUGGAUUGGAUAAGACUGAAAUGAUUGCAAUGUCCUCUCCUCAUUGCAAGAAAGAGGUGCCUGUUGUCCAGGACAACACCAAGCAGUAUGUCACGGAGUGCCUGGGAUCUGAACCUGAUGUGCCUGAUUUUGCAGAUGUUAUAUGCGAUAUUUCCAUUGGUCCUGAAUGUAGUGAUGUGGAUGCAUUAGAGAACAGCGUCGAGAAAGAAAGUCCAAAAUCUGAGCCUGGUGAUCAGGUGUGCGACGAUCAACUGGAGGAAAUGAAUCUGAUGGCUGUUUCCGGUGAAUACGAGGAGCCUCCCAGAGGACACAGCGAGCCUUGUCUGAAACUUCACAUGAUGUCUGAUCCCGUAUUGAAGUCUGAAACACCCGCAGGUUCGUCUGAUCAGCUGAACUUGAUUUUUGGAGAUGUUGCAUCAUUGAAGAGCUUUGACUCCCUCACUGGCUGUGGGGACAUUAUUGCAGAUCAAGAAGACGACAGCAUCACGGAGAGCACGGUUUCAGGAGAAAGGAGCAGAAAUGGAGGAAAGAGGGCCUCUUGUUAUCUUACUUAUCAGGGUGGUGGUGAAGAAAUGGCCUCACCUGAAGAUCUGGAUGAAACUUGUCUCCAGGAUUUCUGGGGAAAUAACCCUUCAGAGGAAAUCUGCUGCACUUGCAAUCAAGACCACACAGACAUGACUGCAGAACUGACGAGUUCUCACAAUAUGGACUUACUUAACAGCAGUAGUGCACAGCAGGCUGGUGGCAUGGACACUUCUUCAAUUGCUGAUGUCUUAACUCCUCAAAGUGAGCACCAAGAAUCGGUUCCGAACAGUGAUGAGGGCUACUAUGAUUCAACCACCCCGGGGCCAGAGGAAGGGCAAGAGAAAAGUGACAGGCUGAGGACAGGCAGAUUGCCCAGGGACAGUUACAGCGGUGAUGCCCUCUAUGAGCUUUUUGCACCUGACGAGAGUCUCAUCAGUCCACAUUAUGAAAACAAAGCAAAACUUUCCAGUUCAAAGCAGUGCGACUAUUUAAGUGAGCCAGUUGAUGUGAGCGAUUCUGCAUUUGUUCCAGAAAUGAAUCGAUUACAAAUAAGCCCUGAAUUGUAUGAAGUUCGUGAUUUCCUAGAGAUGCCAAGUGCAUGCAGUAAAUCCUCGGAGUUGGCACAAAAUGUGGUGGGUCGGCAGGAAAUUGGUGUGAAUAAAAACUGUAAUUUAAAUUUAAAAACCCAAGCAUCAGUCAACGUUAACAAUGCAGAACCAGAUGUGUACGACGAAAAGGAAAAUGUGCUUGCUUCCACUGAAAAAAGAACAAAAUCUAUGAAUGCUGAGUGUGAGAAAAGGCACAGCAGCUUAUCAUUCGGAAGCACAUCUGAUCCAGACUUUGAAACAUUCUGUGAACCCAAAGAGGAACAUCUUGAGGAAAACAAGCCUGUGGCUUUACCAUACAGAAAUAUCAGUUCUCAGUCCCAAGACUGUAACAAUGACUUGGAUGAUGGGCAGACUGUGUGUUUCUCACAAGCGCUUGUGGACUACACCAAACACACUCAGAUGCUGAGUAACUUGCACAACAAUGUGGAUGAUUUGGAGACAAACUCUGCCUUCACUCCAAACAUGGAGGCCUUACCUACUAUCGUCACGUUUGAUGUGGUGGAUAUGCAUAAUGAGGGUGAAUACGAUGAGCAGAUUCACAUGGAGCUGGAGGAGGACAUUUCAUCACCCUAUCAGGAAUUUGAAGAAAGCUAUCUACAAAAAGAUGCAUUCGCGGAAUGUGAUUAUCAGAUGUUAGAUCUGUAUGAACAGAACAUGAUCAGUAACACUUGGGCGGUUGCUAGUCUCCCACGGCACCUAGGCCUUACAAGAGUCAGUCAGUCCAUGCCUAAUCCAUUGUCUCUAGACAGGAGAAGUAGGUCUCUGGACACAGAAAGCCUUGAGUUGAAGAUGCCUGACACGUACCGAGAGAACAGAGCUGCUAUCGUUUCUUGUCCUCAAACUGAAAAGGUCUCGGAGAGAGAUUCCUCACCAUAUUAUCAAAAGAAUGUAGUCGUGUCUGCAUCAGAGCUUAGAGACAGUAACAGCAUUAUGGCCUUAUCAUGGCAAACAAGGUCAGAAAUGGCUUUAAGCCUUUCUCUGACAGAUGAGGAAAUCACUGAAAACGUACAGAGUCUCAGUCAAACCCAAGUAAAACACAAAAUGUUUUCUAGCUCAUCGAGCAGUGAUGUUCCUACUGGUAAAUCACAGCGUCUUUGCUCUAAUGCGUCUGACAGAGUGUCCUGUGAUUUAAUUUCACAGAAUGCAGAGCUUUACAAUAGACAGUGUCACCUUCCUGCGCAGUCGGAUUCAUGUGUACCUCAUAGCACCUUUGUUUAUUCUGGAAUGAUGGAGGAGGUAUCCGAUGAUGCUGACACUGAUGGUUUUUGUAAGGCUGCCACUAAUUUGCAGUCCUUUAAUCAGUGUGGAAAAAGCAGGUCUGCGGCUAACAGGGAAGGUGUAUCCCACACUGGGAGUCCUCUGAACACAGGGGUGUCUGAAGAUGAAAUGACCAUCCUCGGUGAAGGAAGAACACCCAGAGAUACGGUUUGCCCCGUGACCUGUACCAAUCUUCCUGAGGCAACCUUUAAUUAAAAGGCUCUCGGUCACACUGUUGAGAAGAUCACAUGUCGAUGUGCCAAUGAGUGCUUUUAAGUUCAUCCAAAGGAGUAAUUGUUGCUUAAUUUUCACUUGCACAACUGAUUCCUUUGAAAUGUUGUACACUGUGAUAGAAAGUGGAACUGCAUUUGAAAUUAUUCUGAAAAGUAGAGUCUGUGACAUCACAUCACGUCAAGUACAACGCUCAAAAAUCAGAUUAUCUGCAUUUGCACACAAUUGCUUACUUCACACAGCCUACAUAACUGUUUGUCCAUCAAUGCUAUUUAAAGGAGUAAUUGUUUCAUUUGCAGUGGAAAUGCUCACACAUUUAUCUCAUUAAGCUGUCUGAAUUUUACUAGAAUGUUUAUACCCACGUGUAGCCUCGAUAUCCAGGUCUAAACAGUAAUGCCACACUUUGUUCAGUUGGUAUUCAUCAGCCUGGUUUCCAUUGUACAGCCAAACAAGGCUGACCCAGUCCUGCUUACUUUGCCAAUUGCCUCUAAACACAUGAGUGCUCAUGCUUUAAAUGCCGGCUUAUGUUUGUGUUUACAGCUUUUGAACAAGCUCUCUUUGCUCCAGUAAGGUUUAUGUUAGUCUGUCAUGAUGCUCAAUGUCAUAGUUUUAUUGUUUUACCUAAUUUCAGGCUGGAAUGGGUUUAGAAAACAACAAGAGAGGAGUAUUUAGGAGGGUAGUAUCUCAAUUCACGGAGAAUCCACAUUGUAAAAACACGUCUCUUGACAUCUUUAUGGGGUUUAUUUAAAUGCAUUUAGCUGCUACAAUUUAUAGCUCCACAUAUCUAACUGCUAGUUCUACCCACUAACCCAGAACAGGAUAAGCAGGUAUAGAAAAUGUACAGAUGGACUGAUAGUUCUUGCAUUUUUACGUCAGCUGCUCUUUCAUUUACAUACUGUAGAUAGCUUUGCAAGGCAAAGCUGCUUUAUCUGUGUAACACAUUUCACGCGCAGAAUCGCUGUGUGUGUGAAAACCUUUUACAUAAGACUUCAAAGCAGUGAAAUAUCUAUAAAAUGGUAAAGGAAACCAAAUUGAAGAAAAAAAAAAAGAAGCUUGAAGUAUAGAGGAAUCUCAGACUUGAUGUUUUAUUCUGCCCUAACAAACCAAUCUGGCCUUUUCUGUUGUAUUUUUUUUUUUUUCUUGUCUCGUUUUCCAACCACUGCCUGUGAAGUGUAAAAUUCUUUGAUGAUACACUCCACAGUUGCAUUACUGUAAGCUUGCAGAAUGAACAAGUAGUUUGAUUUGGUUUGGAAUUGAAAUGAUAUGUCAAAAGAUUAACUUGGUAUUUUCACCUUUUAUCAUUAUCUUGUGAAUAUAAUGUUUGUUCUGAGGUUAAACUGUCAGAUGAUGUAGUUUUUUAUAGCGUAAUAUCGAACAAAUGUCCAAGAAUUUGUAUUUAUAUUCGCAGCUAUUUGUACACUGUAACAUGUAUUCAUGUUGGUUAUUAUUCUUCUUCAGUUCUCUUUUUUUUUAAUAAUCCUUUUUUUUAUUGUUUCAGAGUUACAUCCAUGUUACACUAGCGGAUUCCUCUCGAAAAUCUGUUACUGUUUUGUCCAAGUAGAACACUGCCUUACCGAAAAAUAAACAUGACAAGACAUCAUA